CAAUCUAGUCUCCGCCCCUCUGCCUGCAGUGCUGUGUUGUCCGCGCUUGGCAGCCUCUUGUCCCAAGUCAUCGAGAGGAGCCGGCGAAAGCCGGGGACGUCCAAGAGCGUAGACCUGAGCGGUCCCCUGAGAUUCGCCAUCUAUGGUUUUCUGUUCACAGGGCCGCUCAGUCACUAUUUCUACCUGUACCUGGAGCAGCUGAUCCCACCGGAUGCCGCUUUUGCCGUGAUCAAGAGGCUUCUGGUGGAUCGUCUGCUCGUGGCCCCCCCUUUCCUGGUCCUCUUCUUCUUCGUCAUGAACCUGCUGGAGGGGAAGGACCUGUCCGCGUUCACGGAGAAGAUGCGGAGUAGCUACUGGGCGGCGCUCAAAAUGAACUGGAAAGUUUGGACGCCCGUCCAGUUUGUGAACGUCAAUUACGUGCCUCUGCAGUUCCGGGUGUUGUUCGGAAAUCUCGUGGCUCUCUUCUGGUUUGCCUACCUGGCGUCCAUCAAGAAGCGGUAGCGUCGGAGGGGGCGUUCUGGGAAGGUAUGACUUCCCCCGCGUCAAUCUGAGCGGAGCUGCAGGAAUUGACCCUAUCGCAAAUUCUCUGUGAUUCUCCACUCUGCACGCUGCCUUAACGACCGACGGUGCCUAGCGCAAGAAGCGGGGGACGGAUCCCUGACCAGGUGCGCUGGGUGCCCCUGGGAGCCAGAGCACACGUUGAUUCUUUUCCGAUUAAAACCUCCGAUAGCGGCUUUCUAAUGGUGCUUCACAAAAUCAACAGGUAGGGUAAGAAAUCAGUGCAACACUGGGGUUUGUACUCUCCGGAUAAUAAAAACCUGCUGUUUCAUUCCUUU